GGAGCUGGGGAUAAUCAGGAAGCGCACUUCAUCCUCCAGCUCACUCACACACACACCAUCUGCUUCAAAUCAGCUGUUCUCGUAUCUGAUCAUCAUUGACUUUGAGUCAACUUGCUGGAAGGAGAACAACAACCAUGGACAAGAGAUCAUCGAGUUCCCCGCUGUACUGAUGAACACACACACGGGACAGAUAGAGUCUGAGUUCCACUCGUACGUCCAGCCGCAGGAACACCCUCUUCUCUCCUCCUUCUGUACAGAACUCACCGGCAUUACACAGGAGCAGGUGGAGGCGGGGCUGCCUCUGCAGAUCUGCCUGUCCAGGUUUACACGCUGGCUUCACACACUGCAGCAGGAGAGAGACGUGGUGUUCCUGAGAGAUGAGACACAGACACGCACUGCCACGUCUGGGAAACCCUGUGCCUUCCUCACCUGGUCAGAUUGGGAUCUUGGUGUGUGUUUGCAGUACGAGUGUAAACGCAAGCAGAUCACUAAACCUGAGGUUCUGAACAGUUGGAUUGACCUUCGAGCUACAUACAGGAUGUUCUACCACCGCAAACCCAAAGGUCUUAAAGGAGCCCUGCAGGACCUGGGCAUCGAAUUCUCCGGCCGAGAACACUCUGGUCUGGACGAUGCCCGGAACACAGCUCGAUUGGCCUGGCGCGUGAUCAGGGACGGCUGUCCAAUGAAAAUAACGAAAUCUCUGAGCAGGACACUGCUGAAGUCCGGAGUGUUGGUGAGACGUGUGUGUGCGGAAGGACGCGUGUGUGACAAGAGGAGAGAGACGCGGCCGACACACACCAGCAACACACACACAGGGUUACACGCUGUGACUUCAUCACACACGAGUGUGUGUCAGAGUCUGGUGUCUAUUCCCACCGUCCUGUCCUCCGUCACCACCCCGCUGCGUACAUUAACCGUCACACACCUGCCACACCCGGACACUCCCGAGUCUGAUUGGCCAGAGGAGUUUGUGUUGACGGAAUUUGGGGAGUCUGGUUCCUAUGACAACGUGAUGUUAGAGGACGUAUCUGAAAACAUGCCCCACAGCUCCACCUCUCCUAUGUGUAAGACAAAACCACACCCACUUAACUCCAACCCCCUUUCAAUUAAAGACCCAAUCAGAUCUCUGACAGCAGGACUCGGCACAAGAACAACUCCCACAAUCCCUUUCGCCAUCUACAGUGACCAAUCACAUCAGUCCUCCUCCUCCUCAGUGUUUCAUGCUCCUUCCUCCAUUCCGUCAUUAACAGUCAACCAAUCAGCUCGGCCCUCUGUCUCUCUCAACCAAUCAGCUCGGCCCUCUGUCUCUCUCAACCAAUCAGCUCGGCCCUCUGUCUCUCUCAACCAAUCAGCUCGGCCCUCUGUCUCUCUCAACCAAUCAGCUCUCUCCUAUAUUUCUGUGAACCAAUCAACUCGCUCAUCCUUUCCUAUCAACCAGACCCACCCUUCUUGCUCUGUUAACCAAUCAUCACUCUCUAUGAAGCAGUUGCUCCUCCCUCCAAGGGGCAGGGCUAAGGUCACAUCCUGUUUCACAAACAAAUCUGCUCUUGUAUCCGUUUCUCUCAACCAGUCAGCUCUUUCCUCUGUUUCCAUCAACCAAUCAUGUUCUACGCUCUCUGUCAAUCAAUCAGCUUUCUCAACUUCCUCCUCUAAGAAGUUGCCCCUCCCACCUCUGAGGGGUGGGGUUAAGAUCACGUCUCCACUGUGUGACUGUGGGCGGCGGUCGAAGAGGUUGACUGUGUGUAAUGGCGGACCGAACCAUGGCCGGGCCUUCUACACCUGUGCGGGGAGGAGGAGCUCAGGCUCUGCCUGUUAUAAGUCCACCCAUCCAGGCCCCACCCCUCACAACAAUGGGUGUGGUUUCUUUAAGUGGGAGUCGGCUCUGGUUAAACCUUCAGCUGUGAGCAGAAACACUUCAGCACUGACCUUCAACCUGAGUACAGCGGCUCCCACAAACCUUCGAUAACUUCCUGUCUGUCUCACUCGCUCUAAACCCGUCCCUCUCACUCUAAACCCGUCUCUCUCACUCUAAACCUGUCCCGCUCACUCUAAACCCAUCUCUCUCACUCACUCUAAACCCGUCUCGCUCACUCUAAACCCAUCUCUCUCGCUCACUCUAAACCCGUCUCGCUCACUCUAAACCCAUCUCUCUCACUCACUCUAAACCCGUCUCGCUCACUCUAAACCCAUCUCUCUCACUCACUCUAAACCCGUCUCGCUCACUCUAAACCCAUCUCUCUCACUCACUCU